AUGCUUCUUGCCGGGACGAUAGCGGCUGUACUUUUUCUUUUAAGCCUCGCUGCGGCGGUUGGAAUGACUGCGCGCCGUGGAAAACGACGCUUUGUGCGUGGGACAGUCGGCUUUUUGCACCCUUCCGCCGCAGCAGGUGGGGGAGGAGAGCGGGUGUUGUGGGUUGCCAUGCGCGCUAUUCAGUUGGACGAUAUGAGACGGGGCAUUACACGCCGCUAUGUUCUCUACUGCUCACGUAUCGGGGAAGACGGUGUGGAUGAUGAUAAAAGGGGAGAAAAACGUCUGUUGCAGAUCGUGCAGCAGCAGUUUCAUAUUUUAUUGCCGAUGCCUAUUGAAGUGGUCUUUUUAAGACCCUCAUUGACGCGCUUGCUCAGCGGUGAGCAUUACCCGUUUCUGACGCUUCUCCUGCAGGCCGUGUGCGGCAGUGUUGUGUUGUUUUAUGAAACAUGUAUUGUAAAUAGCAUAACACCUAUCGUCAUUGAGAGUGUCGGCAUUCCAGGAAUCUACCCGCUUCUUGCCCUCUUGGCGGGCACCCGCAUCAUCAGCUACACACAUUAUCCCUCUAUCACAUCCAUCAUGACAAAGCGGGUGGAAAGUGGAGAGAGCCGGUACAACAACCGGGGUUUUUUGGCGCGUCAUCACACGCUGCGACAAGCGAAAGUCGUGUACUACAAACUUUUUGCUUGUUUUUACUGGUGGCUAGGGCAGUUCCCGGUCCUCACCAUGACCAACUCGCGGUGGACGAUGCGACACAUUGAGCAACUAUGGAAGCCUGUCGUUCCAGCACUUGUUUACCCUCCGUGUGCAGUCAAUCAAUUUAUGCCGUUGCGAAAACCGCCUGAGCAGCACGUCAACACCAUUGUCAGCGUCGGCCAGUUUAGACCAGAGAAGAAUCAUCUUCUUCAGCUGCGCGCCUUUGCCAAAGCUCUUCCUCGUCUGCCAGCCGAUGCACGACUUAUUAUGGUUGGAGGAGCUCGUGCUGCUGACGAUCGAAAACGCGCGGAAGAUGUCGUGGAGGAGGCGAAAUCAAGAGGCAUCUCUGACCGCGUGGAAGUGCGAAUUGGGGUGCCGUUCUCUGAAGUAGGCGAGUUACUCUCCACCUGCUGCAUGGGGCUGCAUACAAUGGAAGAUGAACAUUUUGGGAUCGUUGUCGUGGAGUACAUGGCUUGUGGUUGCAUCCCGCUUGCCCAUAACAGUGGUGGCGUGUGUCUUGACAUUAUCACGUCCCCCGAUGUUGGCUUUUUGGCCUCAUCCGAAGAGGAAUACGCCAGUCGCAUGGUGGAGAUAUUUGAAAUGAAAAUGCAAAGGCCACAGAUGUACAAGAGUUUUCAGGAGCAAGGAUUAAGUGCAAUCAUGCGCUUCAGUGAUGAAUCAUUUCAAGAAAACUUCAUGACGGCGAUUCGCCCUCAUCUUGAGCCGUGA